AAAGGCAUUUACUUGUAUUGUUUCAUCCCUAUUGUUGCAUAUGUUCAUACAUUUCCUGGUAGAGGAAAUGCUAAACAAAAAUUUUGUGAAAGUUGGUAUAAUAGUUAUUUGUGGAGUUGAGAUAACUAUAUAAAUAAUGCCUUAUUUGCAAUUUUUAAUACAACCUGCAACGGGAACUGAUGAGCAGUUCAUAGAAAGGCUUCGAGAAGUAUCUGACAAAAUUAACAGGUUUGGUGUUGGCACGCUGAGAGUAUUUGAACAACUUAAAACACCAGUUAAGGAAAUUGUGAUCGGUCCAAGUCACAUCGGAGUACUUUUGGAAGAUGGAAAGGCAUUUCGAGCAGCUUUUUCAAUUAAUUCAGAGCGUAUUGAUUUAAAUAGGAUCGAUAACAACAAAAACCCCUCAAACAAUAUCUCGAAUGUUUCUAACAAUUCAAAAAAUGCUGCCACAUCGUCGUCAAGACAACUUGCACGUUCUAGAGCCCGACUUAUGCGCACAACUGGAAGAUCUGGGUCUGGAAGCCAGAGUUCCGGCUCACGUAGCACUGGUGUAAUCAUAGGCGGUGGCGGCUCGAGCCGUCCGAUUGUGACUGUACCAGCAACUUAUGUUCCUGAAGAAUUAAUAUCACAAGCGGAAGUAGUUCUUCAGGGUAAAAGCAGAAAUCUCAUAAUACGAGAAUUGCAGAGGACUAACUUGGACGUUAAUUUGGCAGUUAACAAUUUGCUUUCUCGAGACGACGAAGAAGCAGAAGACACUGAGGACGCUGGAGACAACUAUGUUCCAGAAGAUUUAAUAUCAUUAUUGGAUAAUGGAUUUCAUGGAGAUAAUAGCAGUGUGAUAAUAGAUCCAUCAGAUGGUCUUUUUUCCGAAGAAAUAUUCAGCAACUAUUCCAGUAUUCGCAAUUUGCUUUUUGAUCGCAUACGUAGCGAAAGGAAUCAGCCGAGCUCUAGCAAUUCAGACAAUCAAGGCAGGACAACAACUAGUUCAGGUGGUGUAAUGUCUGGGAAUAAUAGCUUGUCCGCUCAAAUAUCUACUGUAAGUGUAGAUCGCGAAGCAUUCAGUCGAUGGAGGGACCGCCAAUAUUAUGGACCGCGACGUUGGUUAAACAAAGAUGAUUACGUUUGGGAUAACAACGGAGACUUGAAAAAAAAGGACACAUCAAGCUCUCCAAUUUGGAUAUCGGAGGAACUGCAACCAUGGACUAACCAAAAUGGCAUAACUAAAUUCAAAAAGAUAGCAGCAUUGUAUUCUGAAUUCAUUGCACUUUCGGAAAGCGGAGAUCUAUACCAGUGGAAAUGGUCAGAAAUGGAGCCUUACAAAUCCGAGAUGGAAAAUGUGUAUCACCCGAAAACUUCAUCUCUUAAUAUAACGGAAAAAGUACAACAAAUUUCCGCAAAUUUUAUUCGCUGUUCAGUAGUAUCUGAGUCCGGGCGUGUAGCAUCUUGGAUGGACGAUCAUUUGGGAUACUUGGGAGCUAAAUUUGAACAUUCUGCUAUAAUGUUUAAUGAAUUCGCUGUAGAUCCCAUAGCAUCAAUUCAUGUCUGCUCCUUAUAUACUGCAGUAAGAACGGAAAACAACCAUGUUUAUUGGUGGGGUGUUUUACCUUUUGAUCAACGCCGUUAUCUUUGGGACAAAUUCCGUACAAAGGCUAAAAAGCCAUUUAAAUCCGUAACCUCUGAUAUCAGUGUGGGAACACAAGUGGUAAUGAAAAAAUGUCCCAUUUAUCAAGCAGGUUCGAUUGGAUUUACAUGUUCCAAUGGUAUACCAAAGAUAGGUCAGUUGCAGAAUUCAGUUUGGGAUCUAAGUGAUGUUUGCCGAUUUAAAAUAAUCAAUAAUUUAACACAAACUUGUACAGAAAAAUCACAAUUAAGCGCGUGUUUAGUAAGCACUGAAAAAGAAUGUAUAAAAACUUCUUUAUCAUCUAAUGCUGCUAAUACGCAGCCAUCGAGCAGUAAAACAAUAAGUUCUACAAAGGAAACCACGGAUCGCAUUGAUAUGCCACCACCUCCUUCGCCAGCCUCUAGUACAUGUAGUGACACCGGAAGCGUGACUUCACAUAAACGCGUAAAGAGAAUGACAGCCAAAGAUGAUAUUGAAAAUAAAAAAGAUGAAGAACUUUGGCAACUAAGAGAUGUUGUUUUUGUAGAAGACAAAGUGGGGCCUGUUGGAAAAGUCUUAAAAGUCGAUGGAGAUUUUGUAGCGGUUAGAUUUCCAGUUUCUACAAAUACUACCGCCGGUUCUGUUUGCGGCAGCGGCGGUGAAGGUAAAGACGAUGAUUGGCAACAGUGUCGUCUUUUGCGUCGUGAAGAUGUUCAAAUAUACAAAACAAACAUGACAUCUCGCGGCCCGGAUUGGUUGCAAAAGCUUCCGAGAAAAGUUAAUAUUAGUAAUUGUCAUGAUCCAAAUGGGUACCAAUUAUUAGCAAUGGCAGUUGACGUUCGGGGCAUUCAUGUAAUUAAAAAAUCCGCUUGUAAACUUUUCUACAGUUUGUAUAAUCUAUAUAAUAGUAAACAGGAGCAAAGUUGUCAAUUCCCUACAGAUAGCGUUUCGUUUUUAGGGGCCAGCCCUAAUAACAUAAGCAUUAUAUGCAGUAAUGAUAGCAACGACAGCAACAGCAAUAUUAUAGUUUGCGAUGGGAAUCGCACACUUUACCCAAUCGCUAAAGAUUGUUUAGGAUCAAUAAAGGACCCCCAAUGGCUUGAUUUACCACCUGUUAAAAAUGUCUCAAUGGGUAUGAUACCAUUAUCGGCUGCGGGAAAUGUUAAGUCUAAACUAUGUUUGGCUGCAUUGCUUUUUCAAUCUCAAAAGCUUAUGCCUCAUAUUUUGAGGUGCGACGUUAAAAACGCAUUCGCUCUACUUAGCCAUUUGGAAAAAGAAGAACGAAAUGAAAUUGUUGCCAUCGCUGAAGAGCGUUGUGAUGGCGGACGCAAUGUUUUCCACGCGUGCGUAGUCAUGUGUGCACCCACAUCAAACAAAGAACCUGAGGAAAAAAAAUCUUUUUCUGCCCUUGGAAGAUCAACACCUUUAGCUAAUACUAUUUUCUCCAAUUGCACAAAUCUUUCUACACACUUGGAUGUAAACAGCAGUGCACCUACAGCUAGUGCUGGUGCAUCAAGCUCAAAUGUUGCGCGCGAAAGUCGAUCUGUUAGUUUGCGUGAAAUGAUGAAUCGUCUGAUUAAUACAGACCCUGAACCAAAUGGUACAGGGCAUAGUGUCGGAUCUGUUGAUGAGCAAAUGUAUAUUCCGCAAUGGCCAGUGGAGGGAAAUAGUUCAAAUCCUGUUGCAAAUGAUGUUACCAGUGGUGAAGCUGAAGAUGAACUUUCAAAAAGUUUUUCAGCUCCUUCGCACAUCAACGCAUCCACAAGUGUAUCAUCACCAAAUUAUGUUUUUGAACCAAUGCAGCGCCGAGAGCAUGCACUGUUGAUUUUACAACAAAUGUGUUUAUCUGCAACCUUUCGUCCUUAUUUAUAUCAAAUGCUGAGUUCCAAGGAUUCCCAGGGGCGAACACCAUUUAUGAUAUCAGUAUACACACGUGCCUAUGAAGCUGGUAUAAUACUCCUCAAUACAAUUUUAAACUUAUCAGAAAAAGACUCUUUGCUUAAAAAUUCAAUGAUAUUCCCAUCAGGCUCACCUCCUGAUCAGUCUCCUUUGUAUGUUAUGUGCUACAAUGAUACAUGCUCUUUUACAUGGACCGGAGCUGAUCAUAUUAAUCAGAACAUAUAUGAGUGUAAAACUUGUGGCCUAACAGGGUCGUUGUGUUGUUGUACAGAAUGUGCACGUGUUUGUCACAAAGGUCAUGAUUGCAAAUUAAAGCGAACCUCACCUACUGCUUAUUGUGACUGCUGGGAGAAGUGCAAAUGUAAAGCCCUUAUUGCUGGAAACCAAAAUAAACGUUUUGCUCUGUUAUGCAAAUUGGCAUCGUGUACUGAUCUUGUAACAAGGUUCAAUUCAAAGGGAGAAUCCAUUUUGUUAUUUCUAAUACAAACAGUUGGUCGUCAGACAGUAGAACAAAGGCAAUAUCGGGCAAAUUCACGAGUAAGAAACGUGGGAAGCAGUGGAACUAAUAGCAAUUCUCGCAAAUCUUCUUCCAUUGAUAUUGAAGCGGAUAUGCCAGAACAUGAUCUUGAGCCACCAAAGUUUGCGCGAAAAGCCCUUGAACGAUUAUUAAUUGACUGGCCUGCGGUCCGGGCUAUGAUUAUGACUGGUGCUGAAAAAUUUGAAAGUUCAUCCCAUCCACACCCGAAUGCCACAAUAGAUGCUUCAAAUACUGAAGGUUAUAAUAUGUAUCUUCAAAGUCAACAAGGCUCUACACUUUUGGACAAAUUUACACACAAUUUAUUUGUGAAAUGUGGAGGAGACCAUCUGGAAACUCUCUUAAUGACACUAGUUCGCGAAAUGCAUGAUGGUAUUACUCCAGGUCGCAGAGAAGAUGCAGAAUUAGUAACCCGAAGAUUUGUGCGAUCCGUGGUACGUGUUUUUGUAAUUUUUACCUUAGAGAAGAUGCCUAAUCCUGAGCGUAGAAAAUCAAACUUGAGUUCGCACAAACAUAUUCAAAGUUGCGUAAAAGUUUUCCAGUCUCUGUAUAAAAUUUCCAUUGAAGAACUGUGUGAGGUGUCGGAGUCUCUAAUUUCUCCUGUCCGUCUUGGUAUUGUUCGCCCAACCGCACCGUUUACGAUGUCCUCUACAAGUCUUGACAGUUCUGAUGAUUUAUUUAGCGUAGAACCACUUGCUCCAUCGACAACAACGGAAACGUUAACUGACCCAGUAUCAAACCAUGAUGGUAACCUAAAUCCUACCUCUGGAUAUAACAUCCAAUCGAACUUUUCAAUUGAUAAUAUUGAGGUUUUAAGAGAUGCACAAGAAAGUGAAGAAGCUAACACCAGAGAUAACAGUAACCUUGGUCAAGAAGAGGACAUUUUAGAUUCUGCUCGACAUGAUGAGGUUAUUCAGGAUGAUGAAAGCGAUAACGAUUUUCCGUUUAACGAUCCAGAAACAGAAUCCGACUCUGAUGACAACCAAAGUAAUCAAGAUGCGCAACGAAGCGUACAAACUGGCGCUACCGUUGGUUCCGAGACAGAUAUUGGGGUACUUUUUCUCGAAGAUGAAUCUGGUGAUUCGUCUCCUCAGGAAGAGGAAGCUUCUGAAGAUGGUGAAACAGACGAGCAUUCGGAUGAAUUUAAUUUUGCCGAUCAUCAGUUGGAGCGUCGAAAUAUCAGCGCUAAUGUACGCAGUGAUUUAGCCCCACAGUCUAUGCAGUGGGCGAUCAGAAGCAGAGAUACCGCCCGGUCUUCUGUUCGAGUACCAGCUGGUUCAAAUUUAGUUUUUAUUGACCCCAUGGCAUUACGCCGUUCCACUGUGCCAGCAAGUUCCACGGUAACAGUGCCACCCCAAGAGCAGCAUACAAUGGCAACAACUGCUAGCAAUCUGGCUCGUGCAUUUGGAAUAAUAGUUCGGCAAAUAUCAGACCUUCUUAACAACCUCGCAUGCCAACUUACAUCUGAUGUCGAAAAACCUACUUAUAAAACGCAAAUUGGAGAAGCAAUUCAGCUACAAAUAUACAUUGAAAAUCGGUUAAAAGGCACUUGGGAUUGGAUGUACUCAAUUAUGGAUGGAACAGAACCACAGCUGAAAUUUGGUGCCUAUUUGGCCAAUUUUACGGAUCCCUCGCAUCCGCUUCAUCCUCUCAAUCUAAAUGCCCAAAAUAGUUCUAGCCAAACCAAUUCUUCAUCAGCGGGGAUCAAUAUGAUUGGUUCAUCGACUCGACGAGACUUUUUUACAUAUUGUUUAUCUUUGAUGCGAGCGCAUACCUCGGAACAUCGUGAUGCUUUACCUGUCCUGGAUAUAACAGCAUUUCGUCACAUAGCUUACGUAUUUGAUGGAUUUAUUUACUAUAUGCGUAAUAACACAAGUUUUUAUGAAAAGGUUGACCAAUGUUCAAAUAUCAAUAUUCCAAAUACAAAUGAAAAUGAGGAUAUCGAUGACGAGUUUUCUAACGUAACAAAUGAAGAAAUAUUUGUUGAGAGUAACUCAUCUACUGCCACGGCUGUACCUUUAUCAGCGACAACCCGUCGACAUUCCUUCUUUGUUCGAUCUGAAUCAACUAUAAGCCUUGGUUGUUUGGCCCCGGAGAGCUUCGACUUACCAUUGGAUGUUGCUAUACCUCUAGCAGAUAAGCCACAUCUUCUUCAACCAAAUUCAAAGCGGGAGGAUUUAUUUGCAAAUAUACCUUUGCUGUCUUCGACGGUAGAAAAUUUAACUACGGUCGGCAAUUUGACUGCAGCUCCAACAAAACUGGGAUUUUCAAGUUACAGGUCCAUAAACACAAAAAUAAAUCCUGGAUUGGAAAAUGAUGAGGAAAUGGAUACAGGUGAACAAAUUACCGCAACCGAAAUAGAAGCCAGUGUUAGUAAAUCCGCGCAUUCCAAUCGCCCAGAUGUUAUUAUUACUCCAAAUAAAAUUCAAAAAACAGACGAAAUGGUUGGCCCCACAACGAUUCUCUCACCCACAUCAACUUCACGGACUGUUAUUGUGCGUGCGAUCUCAAUAAUCAAGAAACCGGAAAAUGAAAAGAGCAACACCCAUUUCACAUUGCCAGACGAUUUCAAGCGUACAAAUAUAUCUGCAAAUACUUUUCCACCUCGUGGAAUACAUUUCUGCAAACAAAUUUCUUCAGUUACACCCUCUUGGAAUAUUUUACUUGGACGAUGGAAAUUAACGCUGGAUCUUUUUGGGAGGGUUUUUAUGGAUGACGUAGGAAUGGAAUAUGGAUCAUUGCUACCUGAAUUACGUGGAUUUCCAGUCAAAGAGAUGCGUUUUCGAAGGCAUAUGGAAAAACUACGGAACGGCCAACAGCGCGAUCUUAUAUUAUGCAAACUUGAGCGCAACCGGGAGAGUUUAAUCAUUCAAACAUUUAAGGAGUUAAAUGCCCAGUUCGGAAGCCAAACAAGACGAACACAAACCCCUUUGACCUUUAACCGUGUAAAAGUAACUUUUAAGGACGAGCCUGGCGAAGGAUCUGGCGUGGCGCGCAGUUUUUAUACAUCAAUUGCUGAAGCACUAUUAGCAACUGCUAAAAUGCCUAAUUUGGAAUCUACUCAUAUUGGUGUAAACAGUAAAUACGGAGCUCCGUUUUCGAGUAUUUUGCGAAAUCGGGGAACGUCUAAUCGAGAACCACCCACACUACAAAGACGAGCUACGGGAAACAAAAUUUUUUGGCGAACCUCGCGUGAGAGAAAACUACUAAAUCAUGAUGCCAGACCAUAUCUACCAACUACAACCAUUACAGAUAGCUCGCAGGAUAACUCGAAUGACCAUUUAUCAGUGCAUUUACAGCAGCUUGGAGAAAGGCUAUUCCCAAAGAUAUAUUCUAUUAAUCCUACAAACGCGUCUAAAAUAACUGGCAUGCUGCUUGAAAUCCCGACCCCACAAUUACUAUCUAUUUUGUCCUCUGAAGAUACUUUGCGGCAAAAAAUUAACGAAGCACUCGACAUAAUAGCUUAUAAACAAAAAUCAGAUGCAAAUAAUGCGUCAACCCAAACCCAGAAGAAAAUGAUACCUGUUGUGUUACUGGAGCAGUGUCAAAUUGAAGACAGUGAUCCACUAUUUUAUUCUCCAGGCAAACGUGGUUUUUACACUCCAAGGCAAGGAUAUGGUUCCUUUGAACGAAUAAAUGCAUUCAAAAACAUUGGAAGGUUAAUCGGAUUAUGCCUUCUACAAAAUGAACUACUUCCACUUUUCUUACAACGGCAUGUUUUGAAAUUUAUACUCGGAAGAAAAAUUAAAUUUCACGAUUUGGCCUUUUUCGAUCCAAUAAUAUAUGAGUCCUUCAGGCAACUUAUACAGAAUGCUCAAUCAGAUGACGGAGAUGGUAUAAUACAACGCAUGGAGCUUUUUUUUGUAAUCGAUCUUAUGAAAGAGGAAGGUGGAGGAAGUGUCGAAUUGCUACCAGGAGGUCGGGAAAUUCAAGUUACUUCCAGUAAUCUAUUUGAAUAUUUAAGACGCUAUACCGAGUACAGACUGAUUAAAUCUCAGGAAAAAGCUUUAGAGGCGCUCAAGGACGGAGUAUUUGAUGUGUUACCAGAUAAUUGUAUGAACAGUUUAACUGCUGAAGACUUACGCUUGCUUUUAAACGGUGUUGGUGACAUAAAUGUCUCUACGUUGAUAUCUUACACAACAUUCAAUGAUGAAUCCAGUGAAGGAUCUGAUAAACUAUUGAAAUUUAAAAGGUGGUUUUGGAGUAUAGUUGAGAAAAUGAAUUCAUCAGAGCGCCAAGAUUUGGUCUAUUUCUGGACGGGCUCACCAGCAUUGCCAGCGUCAGAAGAAGGAUUUCAGCCUUUGCCAUCGGUAACAAUAAGACCAGCUGACGAUUCGCAUUUACCAACGGCAAACACAUGUAUAUCAAGGCUGUACAUACCAUUAUAUUCGAGUAAAACGAUUUUGCGUAGCAAGGUGCUUAUAGCUAUAAAAUCCAAGAACUUUGGCUUUGUGUAAAUUUAAAAUCAAUUGGUUUUACCAGGUUCAGAGUAAAAUAUCAAAAAUUACAUUCAUGGUUUAAAAAAUUUAAGACAUGUUGUCUUAUCUUUCAUGACAUACCCUAUGUAUCAUAAGGAUAAAAUUUAAAUUCAUUAUAAAACAUGCAGAUCUGAUUUCAGUUCAAUAAACUAUAACAAAAAUGUGGACAUCUCGUACAAUCGAAGAAAUAUACUCAAGUGCGGUCGUCGUAA